AUGGCUGGCAACAAUCUCCUCUCCCUAUUAGGAUGGACAUUCCUCCCCAACCUCGUCACCGGCUGGGUACAGUCUAUCUACUACGGCCUCACCAUCCGCGCCGGCGACCGCAAACCCGCUCCGAACUCGCCCCGAUACGCCGAGCACCGCCGUCGCAUCCACAUCCUAGUCGUGUCCCUGUAUCUGCUCUACACCAUCUACGAAGCCGACUACGAGCUGCGCCGUGCCUCUGACUACUAUGCCGACUUGGGCGUUCAGCUCUCCGCCUCCGAGCGCGACAUCAAGAGCCGCUUCCGCCGUCUCGCCGCAUUGCACCACCCGGACAAAGUCAUGAGCGGCGCUGGUGGGGGUGAUGCCGCCGACAGUGCCGAUUUCUUUAUGCACCUCAAAACGGCUUCGGACACCCUUGUUGACCCCGCGCGGCGCUUCGCCUAUGAGCGCUUUGGCCCGGAUAUUGUCGCCUGGAAACACUGCGUCACCAUACGCGACUACGUUGUCCGCGGGGUUCAGGUUCUGAUCCCCUACUAUGGCUUUGCCGCCGUCGCUAUGUACGUGUUAGGGCUGAUAGGUUACCUAGAAUGGGGGCGAUACUGGCGCUGGCUGACCCUAGUCACGCUGUGCGUCUUUGAGCUACACACCAUCACACGCCCCUCCUUUCCACCCUUCCUAAGCGGUAUUAUCAACCCGCUUCUAACCCGCUUCACUGACCAUCCCCCUUACCUACCCUUCCAAGCCAUCACCCUCGCUCGCAAGCUAAGUAUUACGCUAUACAUUGCCUUCUCGCAAAUAGGCCCGCUGCUACAGCCGCCGAGUCAGAGGGGAAUGAAGCCCGGCGAGGCGUCGGAGAAGGCAUUGCAGCAAAGCCUAGAUAAACUCGAGCAGACGGCUCGGAGUAUGGAUGUCGACGCGGCACGACUCAUGGAACUGGAGAUGGCCCCCUUUGCUGGCGAUCCCGAGGUAAUCGGUAGCAUGCGGUCGAAGUUAAAGGAAUGGCUCGUACAGAACACAAUCCGCGCGGAUCCCAUGGUGAAGGAUGCGUUAGGACGGUCGUUCCAAAAGCGACGGGUAGAUGCGCCUGCGGGGGCCAAGGGAAAUAGAUGA